CAUAUGACGUAUACGCCCCCCUGUAUCGAUUUAAAAGAAAGGCAAAAAGAACGGACACAUUCGAUUGGUCUGUCGUAUUGUCAGACAACACGUAUGUGCUUGCAUAAGGAUCCAUGGUGACCCGAGCGACAGGACACGACCACAACAUUUGCAGGUGCUCUUAAAACAAGACACACAUAUGACAAGGCAAUUUAUAACACACUUUUGCGUUGAGUGGAGCAACGAUUAACGAGCUUAAGUCGUAAUAAAAUCAACACAAUGAAGCAUCAGCAGGUUGUUGUGGACUAUUGGACUAUGUUCAAAACAUCGGGACUCUGCAUAUUGCUGGCCAUCUCUGGGUUUAUAUUCCUCAAAAUGGUGCAAACUAUUUUCUGGCUGCCCAAUCAUCUCAAGCGCAAUCAGGAACGUCUCGAAGCCAUUGCCAAGCAAUACGGCAAGGACAUGGAUGAGGACGAGCGAGCUGAAAUCGAAAAGAUCUUCAAUAGCGACGGACCUCUCACCGAGGAGAAACUCAAUAAGUUGCUGGAGAACACUAAAGAUGAACCCAAGAAGGAACAGUAGUUGCCUCUUUAUAAACUUAACUUGUAUAUAAACACUUUUGAGUUUUGGUUUAAAACAAUAUAGCGCAUAUAUAUUAUUUAUGUUAUUAUUACGAGUAUUAUUAUGUAUGUAUGUGUUGAGAAACAAUAAUUUCUAGUUUGCUUUUGAUCUAUGAUAUUACACAUUAGA